AUGUCUUCCUGCCUGCCAUCAGUCCCUGGUUACAUUCUGCAGUACUCGGAGGACAAUAGCGAGCAAUGGGGCAGUUUUCCCAUCAGCCCCAGUGAGCGAUCUUACCGUCUGGAGAAUCUGAAGUGCGGCACAUGGUACAAAUUUACCCUGACAGCCCAGAACGCCGUGGGUCCAGGACGCAUCAGUGAGAUCAUUGAGGCAAAGACUCAUGGGAAAGAGCCACAAUUUGCCAAAGAACAUGAAAUCUUCACCAGCAUCAACUCCUCCAGGGCCAGGCUUAACCUGGCCGGCUGGAACAAUGGAGGCUGUCCGAUCACCUCCUUCAUCCUGGAGUACAGAGCAGUGGAUUCAGCCACAUGGACCACAGCCCAGCGCACCUCGCUCACCAAGAGCUACAUCCUGUACGACCUACAAGAGGCCACAUGGUACGAGCUGCAGAUGAAGGUCACCAACAGCGCCGGCUCAGCGGAGAAACGGGUCACCUUCGCUACUCUAAAUGCAGAUGGAAGUACCAUCCCUCCUCUGCUGAAGACAGGAGAUCCCAUCUCAGACAACAUGUCAGGCAGCGGAGGUCUGAAGAUGGUGGUGACCAUCACCUCUGUUCUUGUGGUGGCUGUGCUGGUUUUUAUAAUGCUAAUGGUGCUAAAGAGGAGACGGAGGGAGCAGAGGCUAAAAAGACUCAGAGAUGCCAAAAGCCUGGCAGAAAUGCUGAUGAGUAAGAACACACGGACGCCAGACACGGUAAACAAGCAGCAGCAGACCCUGAGAAUGCACAUAGACAUCCCUAGAGCCCAGCUCCUCAUCGAAGAGCGGGACACAAUGGAAACAAUCGACGACAGAUCCACUGUGCUGCUUACAGACAAUGAUUUUGGGGAGACUAAUAAGCAGAAGUCUUCCACAGUGACCCAUACAGUCCACUACCAGUCUCUGUCCCAGGCCACUGGACCCCUGGUAGAUGUAUCCGAUGCCAGGCCUGGAACCAAUCCAACUGCCAGACGCACUGCCAAAGCUGGUCCUGCUGCAGCACGGAGCCGCUAUGCUAGCCAGUGGACUCUGAACCGGCCGCAUCCCACCAGCUCCUCACACACCCUGACCACCGACUGGAGACUCCCCACACCGCGUGCCACUGGGUCUGUGGACAAAGAGAGUGACAGCUACAGCGUCAGUCCCUCACAGGACACAGAUCGUGCACGGAGCAGCAUGGUCUCAACAGAGAGUGCUUCUUCUACUUAUGAGGAGCUGGCCAGAGCCUAUGAGCACGCCAAGAUGGAGGAGCAGCUCCGUCACGCAAAGUUCACCAUCACAGAGUGCUUCAUCUCUGACACGUCGUCAGAGCAGAUGACAGCAGGGACCAACGACUACACCGACAGCCUGACUUCCAGCACCCCAUCGGAGUCAGGCAUCUGCCGCUUUACCGCUUCCCCGCCCAAACCUCAGGAUGUUAGCAGGGUCAUGAACAUGGCCGUGCCCAAGGCGCACAGACCAGGAGGAGAGUUGGUCCACCUGCCACCCUACCUCCGUAUGGACUUCCUGUUGAACCGUGGCGUGCCUCUGCCAGCCCGAGGAGGGGGCGUCAGCAGCAGUAGCAGCAUAGGAAGCAGUGGAGGAGCUGCAGGAGCAAGUGGAGGUGGUUCUGGUGCUGCGGGGGAGUCAAGAGGAGCUGGAGGAGCCAUGGGCCAGGCUUGCCUUGAACCCCAGAGGAGCCGUACCCUAAAGAGGCCUCCUCCGAUGGAGCCCACACCCAUGGAAGUACCCUCUCCCAGGGAGGUGCAACAGUGGCAGCCAGGAACUGCCUCUACCCUUCCACACAGGGAUGUCCGGGACAGGGGGGAGGCCCGGGGUGAGGUCCGAGGAGAGGCCCCCCCCUCAGGAGAUUUAGCCCAAGCACAGGCUGCCAAGCUCAGCACCUCACAGGAGUCACUGCUGGAUUCCAGAGGACACCUGAAACAGAGCAACAACCCAUAUGCCAAGUCUUACACUCUGGUAUAACACUGGGACACAUGGGACUGCUUCAGACAAACAGGACUGCUGCAGAAACAAUCUGAGAGGAAGAACAAGAGACGGACAACUGGCACAGGAAGGACAGAUAACCACAACAGAAACUGUUGUACAUAGAGCUGUUUCUGACAUGCGUCUGAAGUGGAUGCUUUUCUUUGACUCUUUUCUUUCUGUCCUCUCUCGCUCUUCUCUGUUGCUUUCUCACAUUUCUUUUUCUCACAACUCGCUCCUCUUCAGAAGAGUUUUCUCUCACAGUUCUUAUUUUCUACUUGAGUAUUCUUUUAUUCUAAAGUGACAACAUAAGAGGAUUGCCAAAAUGAUUUAUUUAAAAUUUGAGAAAGAUUAAAAAGUAAUAUUGAAUUUAUAUCAAGGACGAUUAUAGUCAUUAUUAUUAUUAAUAUUGUAUAAAAACAGAAAAUAUAAAAAAAAAGAAGGGGAAACUGAAGAAUACUCUGAAGCACUCUGCAGGAGAACGUUGCUUUCUUAAUUUAUUUUUAUUUUUCAUUGUUGCAGUGUAAUGAAAUAUGUGAUUGGGUAAACAAUGGAGAUUUUAAGACAGCAAAGAGCCUAUAGAGGAGGAGCAGGAAGAGUGAUGCCAGACAGGACCGCCAAUGCUGACCAAUCGUAAUGUUUUUCAGACUUUCUGACAACUUGCAUGGCGACUGAUCAAAUGACAAUUACUAGGAAUGGCUGGAAAUCCAAAAAAAAAAAAAAAGAUAAUUUUGUCACUCUGAAAAAUUAUACAAUGUGAAUAUAUAUAAAGAGAACACUUUUAUUUGUGGAUAUUAUGGGGAAAAUGAUUUGGUUAAUAAAGUCCA